GCCACGCUCAUGAGACUUCCAGAAGGUGCUGUACAGGUACAUGUACAUUCAGGCUAUUGAAUCUGAGUCUGCUCUCCUUCCAGUCCAGAUGUUCUCCUGAUGACCUGUGGAGGCCAAGGACAGAACAGUGCUUCUGUCUCUGCUUUCUGCUUCUUUUGGAAGUGUAAAGCCUUGCACCUAUCUGAUUGCAGAGACGAGAGUGUGGAAAUGGCUUUGGGUUUUGCUAUGUAUAUGUAGCAGGCCUGCCAAGACAUGGUGACUCCAUGCCAAAAAUAGCAAUUGUAGAUGUGGCCCAAGCCUCACAGGUAUCUUUCUUGUUUUGUGAUAAUAAUUGCUUUGUUGUGUUUAGUGUAGUGAAUUCAAUGUAACACGCCCUCUCUGAAAAAGAUGAUCAUUCCUCUUUCAGCCCCGCUCCCACUUUCACGCCUUGUGGUACCCAUCCUGCUUGCAGUUGGCUGGAUAGUGGGUUGUGCACUGAUGGUUUAUAUCGUCUUCUCCUGACAGAAGUAAGUGACUUGCACUGAAUCAAAUGGCAUCCACGUGUUCUGUGGGGUGCAUCGAUUCCUUUUUCAACAUCAUUUUCUUUAUCUUACAGGACAGAAGAAUUUACAGUGAUGCUGUUUGGAACAACCUGAAAGUUAAACUGGAAUGUUUAACAACUAAAAUAUGUUUAAAAUUAAUUAUUUUUAAUAUCAACACUGUAGAUAUCAUAUACACUCUUUUUAUCUACCUGUCUCGCAAGCUCAUUCUUCCUUUUGUGAGCAGAUAAACAGCACAUCUCUUCCCCUGAGCCGCCUGUUGUAGAGUUAGGGGCUGAAAGGACCCCUGGAGCUCCCCCCAUCACACAGUUUCCCUGCAGCAGGUCACGCAGGAAAGCCCCCGGGGGGAUUCUGAAUAUCUGCAGAGGAGAUUCCAGCACAUAUGGGCAUCCUGUGCCAGUGUUCUCUAACCUUCACAGCAAAGAAUCACACAAAAUUACACAAUGGCCAGGGUUGGAACGGACCUCAGGGAUCAUGAAUCUCCAACCCCCUGCCACAUGCAGG